GCUCUGGGUCGGGGGCACAGGGGCCAUCUUCCAGCCGCCGGCUCUGCGCUCAGCGCUGUCAGGCCUGGGAGCAAAGGCUUUUACCGGGGUGGAGUAGAGGCCUGGCGCGGCCCGAGAUUUUCUUACGUGUUACUGGGCAUGAAUUUCUGUUGGUGAGGUGACUUCAUGUCAUACUUGUGAAAGCUGUGAAAGAGAUUUUCAGUGCUUGAAUUCAAGCAAACAAAAGGGGUAUUGAAAUUCUUCUUCAAUGCCAGAUUUACACUGAAGUUUAAACAGUACAUCGGAGUCCUGUGCUACACUGCAUGAAUAGUCCUAGGAAAAUGGAACGUAGCGAUAUGCAACUGAGCAGAUGUUGUAAGCUUGUCACAGAUAAGGCAGCUGCAGGUCCUUUGCUGACCUAGUAAUCAAUUUGGGUCCUACUAGUAGCUGGCAAGAUGCUGUCCUCAUCGAGUACAAUUUCAGCUUUUGAAACUAGACACCCUCUGGAAACAGAUCCUCAAGAAACUGGGAUUGAUCCGUUACAGAAUUACCUAGUAAAAGAUGAUGAUGACGGUGUGAGUGAUGAAAACAAGUUAAUAAGAAUGUAUUCAGGUUGGGACAGUGGAAUAUGCACUUCCUACAGCAAAGAAUGGGAAGACUUGUUUGGACAUGGUAAUUACUAUGCAAGAAUAAAGCAGAAGGGGAUUAAUGGACAACUGAGAAGCAGCAGGUUUCGCAGUGUGUGUUGGAAGCUGUUCUUAGAUGCUCUACCGGAGGACAAAAAGCAGUGGCUCAAUAAAACAGCAGAGCUAAGAGCUCACUAUGAACAGAUAAAAGAAACUCAUAUAACAAACCCACGGAAAGCUGCUGGACAGCAAGAUCUGGUUGUCAACAACCCACUUUCACAGGAUGAGGGAAGUCUGUGGAACAAGUUUUUUCAAGAUAAAGAACUUCGGGCAAUGAUUCAACAAGAUGUGACAAGAACGUUUCCUGAAAUGCAGUAUUUCCAACAGGAAAGCGUGAGACAGAUUUUGACAGAUAUCCUGUUUUGUUAUGCUAGAGAAAAUGAGCAGCUGCUUUACAAGCAGGGUAUGCAUGAGUUGCUGGCUCCUCUUGUCUUUAUUCUACACUGUGACCACCAAGCCUUCUCACACGCCAAUGAAUCAGCAAAUCCCAGUGAUGAAAUGAAAGUUCUCCUCAACCCUGAAUUCUUGGAGCAUGAUGCCUAUGCUAUGUUCUCCCAACUUAUGGACACCGCAGAACCCUGGUUUUCAAGCUUUGAAAGAGAAAUAAGAAGGGGGAAAGAGGGCAUGAUUACGGCUGUGCCAUUUGCAAGACCUCAGGAUUCAGGACCAUCUCUUGCUAUAGUUUCCAAAGUAAAUCGUAUCCAAGACCUGCUACUAAAGAAGCAUGAUGCAGAACUAUACAUGCAUCUUAACCGACUAGAAAUAGCUCCUCAGAUUUACGGAAUACGAUGGGUCAGACUUUUGUUCGGCCGAGAAUUUCCUCUUCAGGACCUGCUGGUGAUCUGGGAUACCUUAUUUGCUGACAGUGUUACUUUGGAUUUAGUCGACUACAUUUUUGUAGCCAUGCUGUUAUACAUAAGAGAUGUUUUGAUUGCCAGUAACUAUCAGACCUGCCUUGGAUUGCUUAUGCAUUAUCCUUCUGUAGGAGAUAUACAUUCCUUAAUCCACAAAGCACUCUUCCUCAGAGAUCCAAAGAACAACCCAAGGCCAGUGAAUUACCAGUUCCAGCAGAAUCUAGAUUAUUAUAGAGCACGUGGUGCAGAAUUUGUUAAUAAGACACGUGCCGGUGCCAAGGUUGCUCCAUUGAACAUUAAUAAAGUGUCCAGCAGCCUGAUGAAUCUGGGGCGGAAACUAAUAAGUCCAGCCAUUACAGUUGGUGCUACCAGCAAUUUUCAAACCGUUGGUACAACCGGCAGCAGUAACCUUGUACCUCAGCAUCCACCCAGCAAGGCCAUGGUAGAACACACCCAACAACAACAGCAACAGCAGCAACGAAUGAUGAAAUCUGAAAGCAUGCCUGUGCAGCUCAGCAAAGGGCAGGUAGUUACAGGAGAUGGUGCUCAGGCAUGUAUCCCUGCCAAGACAAUUACUGAGCUCUCAGGUCACAGCUCUACUCAUGUUACUUCCUCGCCAAGUACUGAGAGUUUGCCUGCUGGGAGAGACAGUACAGCUUCGCCUCCUCUGUCUUCUGCAAAGAAAGAUUCGUUCUUCAGUACAAUCUCCCGUUCCCGAUCACACAGCAAAACUAUGGGAAACCGCAAAGACAUGGAGGAGGAACUGGAGGCACAGGUAUCAUUUCUCCAAGGGCAACUGAAUGACCUGGAGGCCAUGUGCAAAUUCUGUGCUAAGAUGAUGAAUGUGCACCUUGGCAAAAUACAAGAUGUAAUUCUAAAAGAAAACCUUCAAAAAGAAGAUGAAAUCUUGGUAUCACUGGCUGGACUUAAACAGAUCAAGGACAUUUUGAAAGGAUCACUACGGUUCAAUCAGAGUCAGUUGGAAGCAGAGGAAAAUGAGGAGAUCACAAUAGCAGAUAACCAUUACUGCUCUGCCAGCCGUGCAGAGGGCGAGAGCAGGAAGCAGCAGGGCACUGACAGGGAGUUGCAAGUCACCACAAAAACAGAAGAGGCAACAUCGCUGACUUCACUGAAUUCAGAAGGAAGAAACUCAGAUGACUAUAUCUUGGUUUCUAAAGAAGAUGAUGACUUAGUGCAGGAGCAUCCUUCUGAGAAGUUAGAAGCAACAGGAGUGACUUUGUCACAUCAGCACAUCUCCCAAGAGCACAAACCCGCUGUAGAAUGUGGAAAACAGAUGCAGCAGGCUUUUUUCUCUGACCCACUUACUUCUGGAGUUCUGGAGUCACCAUCCAGCAAUUCUGAAUCUAGUCCAGAUGAUGACAGCAGCAACAGCAAGGAUUCAGAUUUCACAAUUGUUAGCCCACUGGACAUCUAAGCAAUGUUCAAACCAGACGGCAAACUUUUUACCCGCACACUAAUCAAAUUGUGUAUGGAUUAUUUGGCAAGUGAAGCAGUCCUGUCUGUAUAUGCAGGUUUAAUUAUUUCAGCGGGUUCUUAACGAUGUGCGUUUGACAUUUAAGGAUAAAUUUUGGAUCAUUGUUGACAGAUAAGACGUUGCUUUUAGUUUCCGUCUUACGUCCACAACAGUUAACAGAUGCUUCUCUUCCAAAUGGUUAUAACAAUGUAAGCAGUUCUGAAACAGAUCCUAUAGCAUUCCAGUUUGCCAUGGUGAGCUUCAAUUCAGAACAGAACUUGCUAAUGCAGUAGCAUGGUUCUUGAUAAUGAAAAAAAUCAAAAAAAGUGCCCGAUGAUACUAAUCUACUUUUCUAUUACUUCACAAAACAAAUCAUGUAAUACUUUUAGAGCUACUUAUUGGUAAUACAAAAGCAACUCCAUUCUUGACCAAGCAGGAAUAGACCAUCUCGUUACUAGCUGUUUCAUGCUGCUCCCAUAGGCACUGUUACUCUGUAGAACUGUUCUUACAACUUUGAAAAAUAACUAAGCAUUAUACCUAUCUCGGUAUCAACUGUCAUAGAUGCAUGCAGAGUUGAUACAAUGACUGUAAGUAUCCAUACUGUUAUAGAAAUCUGAGAAGAGAGGGGAAUACUUUUACUUUGUUGCACUGCAUAUUUUACAGUAUUUCAGGGGUUAUUAUAGAAGCUGUUUUAUACAAAAUUGGAUGUUUCACUGAAUGGAAUUAAUUUGGCAUUCCCAAGGCUAAAGGCCAUACUGUACUCACCAAUAUUGGUAUCUCCAAGUACCCAUUUUGUGUAUGGUUGGUUAUAAGAUGUAUACUGAACAAGUAUAAAUUUCCAAUCUAUCUGAUUGUUGUGGAGUAACAUAGUCACUAAAAUGUACUAAUGAAAUAGUGGAUUCUUGUUCUUAUGCCUUCCUAUUGGAAAUGGAAUUGCAAUAAAUCAUUUGCAUUCAGUAAUGAUCAUAUGGGUGAGAUGAGGCUAAAUGCUGUUUUAUUAAUCUUCCAAUUGAUUGACCUGAUCGUUCCAUAGCUUUGUUACCUUUCACUAACCUUGUUGCUCUUUGAUUGCAUCAACAAUAUCAAACUGAAAUGUGUUUACAUUGUUCUACCAAUUUCAAGGUGGGAACAGUAUCUGUUGGUUCUCCAGUGCAGCACAUGUGCUUAUCUUUGAAAAGUGGGCUUUUCAAUGAUAAGCACUAGCAAUUAUAUAAAUAGCAAGCUGACAUUGCUGAGUAGUCUCAGUUAAAAACAAAAGUUGCUUCCUGAUUAUUUUCUACUGUUUCUAUUAAAAUGAGCUGUGCGACACAGAUGUCUCCUAAUAUGAGAUUGUUUCCUAAAGUUUCUGUGCUGAAGCGUUCAAUUGUGCACACGAUAUAUGUAGAACGUCUGAUCUACAUGAGAAAAUCAUUGGAAAAUAUUAUACCAUGAUUGAAUAUAGUAGUUUAGUGUAAAAUCUCACCUGAAACUUAUGCAAGUUGUCAAAAUGUUUAUUGAACCAGUAAACACUUAAAUUGCAUAUGGAGUACCAUAACCAGAUUAUGCACUUAUUCUCUGUUACAAUAUUGGCCCGUUAUAGAGAAAGUAAUAUUAUUAGAGUACACGGUCAAUGUACAAACUGAUUUUUUAUACAUAUAUACAGACUUACAGGGUUCUGUACUGUACUAUGUCUGAAAUCAAAUGCAUGGACUGUGUACAUUUUUCCCAACUACACAGUGAAUUGCAAACACUGUUUUGUCCAGAGUUGUGGUGGGAAUCUUAAUAAAGCAAAAUGUGCUUAAUGAACUGAUAUACUGCUGAUCAAUAAAUAAAACAUUUACCAACAAA